AUGGUUAACCACGGCCAACCACAGCCGAAUCCAUAUGACAAGCACAUCAAUAUGUUUCCACCACUAAGGGCACGGGACUCCUCGCAUAAACUCGCCAGUGCUACCACAGAUAGGCGUGGUUUGCCCGCACAGAAUGUGGUGCCUGCACCGUAUCCAGUGGAUGAUCCCAUGGUUGAGCUCACACCGGCGAUCCCGUUCACAUCACCUUCCUCAUCGUCAUCGUUAUCAUUGCCUUUGAGCGCGCUGAAUUUCACAGAUAGUAAUGUCGACAAUGGUCAGCUAGGGACUCCAGUGACCAUAAACAGUAACAAUGGGAUGGAGAUUUUUAAUGCUAAGCCAACAGGUGAUAUCGGAGAUGCUAGUAACUGCAGUACUAGUACUAGCCACAGGUAUGAACUUCCUUUCAAUUUCAAUGCCACAAAGGGUAACUUGGGUUCGCCAGUUGCAAAUGAUACAUCGACGAAUGAUGGGAGCCGAAUAUCACAGACUAUAAAGGACAAUUCAGCGCCGCCACCCUAUGAGGAAUCUGAGUCUAGGACAUUGCAGGAAAAAGUAUACAGAACAGAGGAAAAAGCUCCUAUACGACCUUCGGAAAAGAGACCAAUUCCACCUCAAAAAAUCAGCCAGCUGGGCACUAGCAACAUCACAAAGACUGAUGCUAAUGAUUCUUCAAAUAGCAAAGAUAAACUGUCCAGCUAUUCGCCGGAUGCCUUAGCCUUCUACGAAGUGUACAAGAGGACUAUCAGCGACUCUUCAAAAUUUACUUCUGAGAUACAAAUGAAAUGGUGUGAAACAUUAAUUACGUAUGCCUUCAAGGAGGAAUUCAUAUCUCAAUAUAAUAUAAACGCAGAAAAGCUAAAAAGAAGUUUAAGGCCUGAGGAAAUGUUGAAAAAUCAGAAGGUGAUUUUGGAACAUUCUUUCAAAGUACUCACGAAAUUAAUUACUUUAAAAUGGCCUGCUGCCAUGUACUUAAUGGGAACAUUAUACUCACAUCAACCGUAUCUACCUAUCAAAAACAAAAAUAUUGUCAUCAAGAAUGACGAAAAGGCACUCGAAUAUUAUUGCAAAGCUGCCAAGCUGAACAACUCUGAUGCCUGCUACCGUGCGGGCAUAUGCUUUGAAUAUCAAAGAGGCACCUCGUCUUUGGGGCCAUCGCUCACUAGGGAACAAUGUAUAAGGAAAGCUUUCCAAUACUACCAACAAGGUGCAGAAAUUUGUUUCAAUUCUGCAUGUAUGUAUAAAUUGGGAAUGAGCCAUUUGUAUGGGCUGAACAUGCAGAAAAAUGAUGUGUUAAUAGCCAUGAAAUGGUUUAAUGGAGCCAUUCAAAAUAGCGACUCUCCGCAGACGUUAUACGAAUUGGGCAAAAUUUAUGAGUUUAAUGUUUUGCCAUCGGAAAUACAAAACUCAUUAUUUGCUAAUGGCAUACGAAGAGAUCCUCAAUUAGCCAUAAAAUACUACUAUCAGUGUGCCAAAGAUUUCGAAUAUCCUUUAGCACAAUGGAAAUUAGGUAAUUGCUACGAAUGCGGAGACUUAGGAUUGCCAGUAGUGGCCAAAAAAUCCAUAUGUUGGUAUUCCAAAGCUGCUGCUGCUCAACCAAGGGGAAAUCCAAUGGCAAUGUUAGCUUUAAGCGGAUGGUAUUUAACCGGUGCCCCAAAUGUUUUGAAACCAAAUAAUAAAGAGGCCAUGAAUUGGGCCUUAAAGAGUAGCAAGUGUUCAGACGGCAAAUUAGCACGCACUGAGUUUGCUUUAGGUUUCUACUACGAAAAGGGUAUUGGUUGUGACGUCGAUUUAAACCUAGCUAAACAGUACUAUCAAAGAGCUGCAAGAAUGGGGUUCAAGAAGGCAGUUGAUGCGCUCCAAAAUUUGACGAACUAA